UAACAUGCAUAAAUAGGCACUUUGCCCAGAGGAGAUUCAUGUAAAAUGUUAUUCACAUCAUGGCUGAUUUGUGCCCUGGUUUUUGCCAGCGGUGCGAGCGCGGACAACACAACCGUCGUUGACGUCUAUCCGCCCGGAGACCCGAGGCAUUGUCUGCGGGGCAACAAGGAACCACGGUACCGAUUUGAGGUAUUGCCCGGCGGCGGAUGGGAUAACCUCCGUAAUAAAGACAUGGGAAUGAUUGUGAAGCUGAACUUCUCCCAGUGCCGCACAACGGAGGACGGUCGCUUCCUGUUACCGGAUGGAGUCUACACGGUUCCUAUGAAGGCAAGCAACGUUGAGACCAACGCGAACCUUUACGAGCACUGGAGUAACUUCUCCAGCACGUUAUCCCGGUCAGUGAACGUUGAUGCUGGAUUGAAAUUCUCUCAUUUUGGAAUAAGCGGUUCAUUCUCGGAUGAGUACACGAGUGUCAAGGCCCGCCAACACCUGUACAAGUCCGUCACUACUCGAGUGCAGGCUAGGUAUAUGCAGUAUGUUUCUCAUUUGGAACCCGACACGCCCGUAAACGAAGCUGUCAAGAAACGGCUACACAAGAUUGCCGCCAGUGUUCUCUUGAACCGCACCGACCUCGCGCGCUUCGACAGCCAGCUACUCGUCAGGGACUUUGGCACGCACGUGAUCACCAGCAUCGACGUUGGAGCAGCUCUUGUUCAGAUAGAUCAACUGAGAGAAGACUACCUCCGCAAAUACGAGUCGCAGAAGAGCACAAUAACAGCUUCCGCCAGUGCAAGCUUCUUCAGCGUGUUCAGUUUCGACGCCAAGUAUUCCACUACGUCAACACAACGGCAGAUUGAGGAGUACAAGAGCGUUAGGACUAACUCGGAAAUCGCGACAUAUGGGGGACCCGUAUUCAGACCCAGUAACUACUCAGCUGACGCCUGGAGUGACAACAUGGCUAAUGACCUCGUGGCUCUAGACAAAUCGGGAGACCCGAUCUACUACCUCGCCAACGAGAUCAACCUGCCGGAAGUGCCACAGUCCGUCAUAUACGACGUGUAUGAUCAAGUCAAGGACGCAGUAGAGGCUUACUACGAACACAACGCCAUAGCCGGAUGCACAAAACCGGACUCUCCCAAUUUCAGUUUCCAAGCGAAUACCGAUGACGGCUCCUGCAAACCUCCGAAGACAAACUUCACGUUUGGUGGCGUGUAUCAGAAGUGCAGUGGUUAUGGCACGCAGAAUCUGUGCGCUGGUAUGAGCCAGAAGAAUCCACAGACGGGGUCUCAGACUUGUCCGUCGGGAUACGAAGCUGUUCUCCUUCAGACCGGUUCGAAGCGUGCGGUUGAAUCACGUAGUGAAUGUCACAGUUGCUGGUUGUUGUUUCAGUGUUGCGACACCAACACGUAUGUGUCUAUCGCUACAUAUAAUGCCUACUGGUGUGCUGCUACGGGAAAGGUCCCAGCGAACAGUGGUUUCUUGUUUGGUGGCCUUUAUACGGAUUCUGUACCAAAUAUCAAUACGCAAGCCAAGAGUUGUCCUCUGAAAUACUACCCCCUUACAAUAUUAGGUGGACUGGUGAUUUGCGUCAGCGAUGACUACGAACUCGGAUCCAAGGACGCUCUUCCGUUUGCCGGAUUCUUCAGCUGCCUAUCGGGAAAUCCUCUGGCAUUAAAGGAACGGUCUGACUUGCUUCAGAGUUCCGGACGUUCAAGUAUGUUGACCAACUUCAUGUUGAAAGCAGGAGCAGAGUCUUACCCUCGAUCUUGCCCUGAAGGGUACAGCCAGCACCUUGCCGUCAUCGACAAUGGUUGCAGCGUCCACUACUGCAUAAAAUCUGGGGCCCUAUCGGCAACUAGGUUGCCCUUGGUAAAGCGUCCGCCGUUCAUGGACGCACCUCGUGACGGCUUCAAUGAGCUGCAGCCCGCAUCAGUAGUGUUUGAUACCAAUGGUGAUAUCUGGACAACGGCGGACGACGCCUCGAAUGUCAUACCGAAGUACCUGAAAGGAAUGGGAAUUGAGAUGCCGAAAUCAAUGACAUCUAGAGCAACUCAGGACGUCGCUUAUUUUGCAUCAGCAUCAUCAGCUUCUUCCAAGUCGUCUCAGCUUUCAGGGGGAGGUAUAGCAGCGAUCUCUGUGUUCGCGACGCUUGCUUGCGUCGUUGUUGCGUCAUGCAUAGUGUUCCGCGUUCGUCGUCGCCGAGCUCUUACUGAAGGAACGGACGGCUGGCGAAACAUGGGCGAGUCGAGGCCUAUAUUAAACGCAGCCGCCUCGCUUGGCUACACCCAGAUCAAUGUGGACAACGCAGAUACAACAAGAACGUAAACGCUCUUGCUGGCGUUGCAUUGCGAAUCAUUAUUAUUGCGUUUCCGAGACAAAAUGGCGUUGUAUGCAUUGUAUUGGAUACAUAUAUUUGUUCGACAAUUUAUUUAGAAAAAUGGAACCUGCAAGUGUACAUGAAUUUAUAAGAACGAUUUUCCAUUUCAUAUUUCCAGUGUAUGUUUGCAAAUAAUAUUAACUUUGUUAAUAAAAAUGUAUGUGC